AUUAGACAACCAGAUGUCAACAAUUAUCAACAAGGGUUUAAUGUUUUGAGACAGUCACCUUGACAACGUGGCAUUGAUUUUUGAUGUGACACAACUGGCAGCCAUCUUGAUUCACGACAAAAGAAAAUGGGAUUGCUUACUACAAUAUGGAACUGUCUUGUCUGUCUCCUGGCAGCAUGGGCAAUGUGGAUAGUAUACACAUUCCUGUUUAUGAAGGCAGCACAGAUGAGGCCUAUGACUGAAGUGAGGAGUAGUUUGGAUUCGGAACAACGCCGCUAUGCAGAACACAAUCACGUCGGGGCCGACAAUUCUCAGCAUAGACCCGCCAUUGAUACGUCAUCAGAUGCCGACAAUAAUGGUCAAACUUCUUCAAGUGGGAACAAAAUAGUGCUGGGUAAUCCUCCUCAACCGGCCCCAGACUGUAAAAAUACUGUUGUCUGCAUUAGUUCAUCUUAUUGCACUAUGAUUGACAACAUUCCAGAUUUUAUGAAGAAAACGCGUCUAUUUGAUAGAGUAUUGGAUCUUCGGGGUCACAGGGAUAAAAACUCGUUGCUAGGGGAACUAACGUCUCUCGGAAGUGAAGCAUGUCCCAAAACAUCAACUUUCAUAUUACUAUCCAUGGAAAAGAUUUCAGGAAUGAGAUUAAACGGAAGUGAUGUCAUCAAUGCUAUGAACAAUCCCAAAAUAUUAAUUCUCUAUAAAGAGAGUGCAAUUGAUCUCUUCUCAAAUGAAAAUAAAAUGGGAGGAAAACUUAAUGUUGAAGGAAAGCAUAUUGGUAUGCGACUCAACACAGAGAAAGCCCGAUGGGAAACACCCUUGACUGGUCUCAGAACGUAUGAAAACAUCUACGUUGUUGCCCAAGAAUACCUCGAGAGAAACUUUGAAUGGGAGUAUGAAAAACUCGGUAAAUUCCUUAAUCACGAAUUCAACAAGGUUAUAUAUAAUGAAGAAAUUAAAGCAAUGUGUACUUCUCCUUGCAAACACUGGGAUGCAUUUGUUAACAAUAUUGACUUUGUCAAGCAAGUUAGUUUAAAUAAUUGGGAUAAAACACACCUGAGCGCUUAUUUUUUCAAGAGAGGGGGUUCGAAUUAAGGUUUAAAUAUAUCAUUGCUCAUAGAUAUAGAGGAAUAUUGGGUAAACUAAGUCUGAAAAUUAUUUGAAAACGCUACAUAGGCCUAAAUAUGUGUUUCAAAGUACUAAACUAUAUUACUUCAAUGAGGAAUUAUUCAAUAUUCCAGAAACGUAGGUAACAGUGUUUUAUACCAUGACGUCAUUGUCGGACGUAAAUGCAUUAUUGUAGAACACCAUAUCAAAUAUUUAUAAUGUAUUAUCAUUCAUUCGAAAUAUAAACACAUAUACAAUAAUGUAUAAACUAGUUUCUUAGUUUUUCGCAAAGAACAGAAUAAUUGUCGAGACUAUUAAAAAGCAGAAUCAAAUCUAUAGCUAGGGGUGACAAAAUUGCAAGCAAUAUGCAUAAUUUCUUUCAAAUAAUUAAAAUAGUAACCACAUUUAUAUACAUUUGAAG